AUGGCAUAUAAAUUGAAUGAUGGAGAUAAAGUUGAUUGCUUGUUUGAUUCUGAUGCUGUAAUAAGUGAUUUACCAUCAGAAAAUAAUAGUUUUGUUGAUGACUCUGAUGUCGAUCCUGACUUUUUACUAAGUCCAUCAUCUAAUACACAUAAUGAUUUACUUGUUCAUAAUUAUGAAUAUAAUGUAUUUGAAGAUCCACAGUGGGAUACAAAUACAGAAAUCUUUAUAAAUCCAGUGUUUUUGUCUGAUUCAAAUUUAGCACCUCACAUGCUCUUGUUGGAAUUUAAAACGCCUUACAAUUUAUUUCUAGAUAAGUUUCCAGAUAGUCUUGUUGAUAUAAUUUUAUUUCAAACUAAUUUAUGUGCCCAGCAAGCUCAACAACUAUACACACCAGCUACUAAACAAGAGUUGAAAACUUUUUUAGGUUUAAAUAUUUUAAUGGGGAUAAAAAGGUUACCAUCAUAUAGAGAUUACUGGAGUACAGAACCAGACUUGAAUGACCCUUUUAUAUCUAAGCAAAUGACAGUCAAUAGAUUUGGAUGGUUUUUGUUUAAUCUCCAUUGCAACGAUAAAUCAUUAGAACCAAAACGAGGAUCACCCAGUUUUGACAAAUUAUACAAGCUUAGGACUGUGAUUGAAAAGUUAAGUGAAUGUUUUCUAAAAGGCAAAAAUCUUACUCAAAAUCUAACAAUUGAUGAUUCAAUGGUUAAACAAUUUAUUAAAACCAAACAACACUGUUUUGGCAUUGAAGUAUUUGUCUUGUGUGAAACAGACUUUAUUCUUGACAUCAUUAUAUAUACUGGGAGUAUCACUGAGUAUAAAAAAACUGACCCCAGCCUUGGAAUUUCUGGUGCAGUUGUGAAUACACUUCUCAAACCAUAUUUGAAUAGAGGCCAUAAAUUGUUCAUAGAUAAUUGGUAUUCAUCACCAUGCUUGGCUAAAUGUCUUCAUAAGAAAAAAUCCAACGUCACAGUUCGAAAAAAUCGAAAAGGUAUGCUGUCCCUGUUAGCCAAAUUAAAAGUUGGACAAACUGAAAGCCAACAUACAAAGAAUAUGUUAGUAGUAAAAUGGAAAGAUCGUAGAGAUGCUCACUACUUAGUUUGA